AUGGACCGAUGCUGCGGCGAGCGACGCGACUUGGAGCCCCACAUGGACAAACUCUUGACGCCGGCGAACAGCCGCCGCCGCACGCCGCCCUCGCCCCGCGCCGCGCCUACCGACAAGCUCACACUGAGCGCGCUCACGCUCACUCCGACCGCACCCCCCGCCCUGCGCCCGCGACUUAAGAAAACGUGCAAAUCGACACUACAGAAAACGAGUGAUCUGAAGCCGAUACGCUACCCACGGGCGGAUCUAGAGCAUAACUUUAGCUUAGCUAUUGAUUAUAUUAAUGAAUUUAAUAAAAUAGGG